AUGGCCUCCAAGAAAUUUUUAUGCUUUAUUUUCGUCUGUUUCUUUGCCUUGGGAGGUGCUACCUACUGUAACUACGACAGUGAUUGUUCCUACCAUCAGUCCUGUUGUACAGAUAAAGUCUGCAGACAACGUUGUUUUAGCUGUUCGUAUGGCUACCACUGUGGAUCGAACGAGCAGUGCUGUAAAAGCCAAUGUGUCAGUAGUUUUUCUUCUUGUUCCUGUUCGUACGACUUCCAAUGUGGAUCGAGGAAGAAAUGCUGUAAAAGCAAAUGCAUCAGUAGUUCUUCUUCUUGUUCCUGUUCGCACAACUACCAAUGUGACAGUGGCGAGCAAUGCUGUAAAAGCAAAUGCAUUAGUAAAUCGUCUUCUUGUCACUGUUCGUCCGACGACCCGUGUGCCACUGGAGAGGAUUGUUGUGGAGGAGUUUGUUCCUCAUACUGUGGUUGGAGUGGUGGAGCUAUUGCAGGGGCUGUUAUCGGCACGAUUAUUUUCUUUGCCAUCAUAAUUUCCAUCGCAUCCUGUUGCUGCUGUGCUUGUUGCCCGUACUACCGCUACCGUACACCUGGUACUGUGUUCGUCACCGGCCAACAGCCGCAACAACAAAUGGUCUCAAACCACAUGAUAACGACGCAACAAGUACAUGCUCCUCCGCCGGUGAACUACAAUCAGCCUCCCCUAGCAAGUCACAACCAGCCUCCUCCAGAUGGAUACGACCAGAGUCCUCCUGGUUUAAUUCAGACUCCUCCGCCUUACUCAAGCUGUCCACCACCACCAAACCAAUAUUCUCCACCGCUCAGACAAACUAAAGUGGCGCCGAUGCCAGCUGUAGUAGACACCUAACAACCGAACGAAAUGUUAUUAAAGUAACCUACAAGGCAAGUUUUGCAAGCAGAUCACCGUUGCGGUGAAAUAAAUAACCUUUGGUUUAUAUUUUCCAUUUAAAUAGAUGUAAACGUAGUAAAGUUACAAAAUGUUUUGUAAGAUUUUUUAAGGAUAGUUUUAGAAGUCUAACUUAGGGAAUAGGUUCUCUAAUCUUAAAUGAAAUUAUAUUAAUCUUCGUCAUGAUAUGCACGCUGCACAUUUGCAAAUUCGACCUAUUUCACCAUCAUCGUUCAAAGAAAAACAAAAAGUAUCACAGAUUUUUUGUGGAGAGGGCUUUUGUUGGAGAUAGAUGAGUCCGGCAAUUAGCAUUGAUUUUCCAGAAUGAAUUUUGUAUUCUUAAAAUUGUAGUUUCACGAAUGUCAAUCGUGUCGUAUAGCAGUCAAAACGAUAAUCUUAGUAAUAGAAUGACACAGGUUAAAAGUUGGUAUUAUGAGCUCGGUUGGAUCAUCCAACCGAGCUCAUAAUGCUCAUAACUGAUUUGCUUUAUUUCAGCUGUUCCCUUAUUUACAGACGUGAGUAAUCAGGUAGAUUUGUUACUUUUUUCAUUUUCUAUUUUUAGCUGAUCGAAUCUUUAGCAGAUCCUUCGACAGCAAAUGCUCUGUCGAUUUCAAGCAGUACUUGGAUUUGUGUGUUGUCACAAUUUUUUUGAAAAAUCAAUUCUUUUUAGUCCGCUUUCGAGUGUAAGAUUCAUUUUGAUAUACAGGUAACCGGUUCGCAAAUGAAUUUUACUUCGGAUAUUCCGAAGUUUUACUUUGUGCCUGUAAGCGUGGCGAAAAUUUCAUCUGAGCGAUUUCUUGAGAAAGUGACUUUUGAGACUAACCAGGUCAAAACAUGUAUACGGUUACAACUUUACUUCCAGAAUUAAACCUGAUCGUGUAUUUUUCGCGGAAGCUUUUCUACGAUAAAACCUGAUGAAGGAGACAUUAAUCAUCUAAAAGAAACCGGUUAAAUCCCGGUUUUGUCCUUCAAUAUUUGGUCUAAGUGGACCUUGUAUUUGGCGGACAUCUUCAUCAUGUUCAUUUGGCAGAUGCAAACACUAUUUGAAGCGGAGCUUUGUGAGACCUAAAACGUGCUACAAGCAGUUAGUUUUACUAUGCUAGGUUGGCAGUGAAGAAUGCAGUUUCGAUAAUUGCAAGUUCGCUCGUAUCAGAGAAAUAAAAUACAAGGAAAACUGUGAUGUUUUACAGUCAUAGUCAUGAGGUUCGCGUGAUGUAAUUACCAUAAUCAUAACAGAGCCGGAUGCGUCGACGUUGAUAAGACGUUGAGAAAGGUCAGAAAGCAUGUUGAAUACCAAACUACACUGUAAAAUUGAAAGAGAAACGUUUUUAAUCUGCCUCCAGCCCUAUAAUUGUCCAUGAGAUUGUACAAUCAUUACUGUUGAUCUAAGUUUGGAUAUAACUGAAGUCAACCGCAUAGCUUAGUUUCAUUCAUAAUAAUCUUUCAGUUUGCACUUCCCCCGUCGAGUGGCUGGCUUUUACUACAACCUAACUCCUACAAUAAUGCGGAUUAUUUGACCACUAUAAAUGUUUCGAGAUCAAAUUGAAUUAAUUUAUAUCGCUUUGUUAUUCAACCAUUACAACUGAAGGAUAAACUGGACGCUCAGAGGCGUUACCCCGGCUUAUUUGUGAAACAGAAAGAGCAUCUUUGAAUAUCAAAAAUUCAAGCUUGAAGAAAGUGAAUGUGACCUUUGUUAUCAGAUAGAAAUGGAAUGUUAGAAACAUAUUAUCUAUCUGCAAAUCUAUAUACCAAAAUUUGGCAAAUUCAUUCUCAAAAACAUGUAUAUCAGCUGCUUUUUUUCACAUUUGUUGCCUAACAUGGCAUACCUUUUAUCUCUUUCAAUUAACAUUAGGAUUUACUAGUAUGCUAAAUUCAAAGGAAACGGAAAUCAAGGGUUCAUUAGGUCAAUUUUACAAAGAUAGUCAAAUAUCCUGUAUACUAUGUUUGUUUCGAGGUCUCCCGUAUCCUUGUAAAACUAAAUUCCGCCCAGUAUUGUACAUGCUAAAUGUUUUCUAGGAAUCCUAAUAAUCACAAAAACCCUGGAUAAAGCGUUGGGGAUACCUUAGGCCGAAAAUAAAAUAGAGAUGAAAUAGUCAGUCAACAAAUGAAGAGUUCAAGCUUUAUUGAAACGCUUAAAAUGAUUAAUAUAACAGCAUAAACAUUAACCGAGUUUAGAUACUUGAUGGUACAGUUUACUCAAAUUUGUGCAGGUAAUCUAUAAAAAUUCCAAUUGACAUGUGGAUCCAAUCAUUAAUUACACUUAUCAUAAAAAAAUAAACAUAAACCGAGCCUAGAUGUUUUAGGGUGUAGGGUAAUUAUAUCUGUGCAGGAUUAUUUUUACCUAUAUAAAUUUCAAAUGACAUAUUCAUGACGAGUUCAAUCAUUAAUUACUCGUAUAAUAACAACAUAAACAUUAAAGGAGCUUAAAACCUUGAAGGUAUUGUAAAGGUAUGAUGAUAAAUUAUACCUCAUUGAAAUAAGCGGUAUAAGCUUAAGGUAUUAUAGUGAUAUAAUCAACAGGCUAGCUAGUGAUAGUUGAACAAACGAUAGCCUGUUGAAGAAACUGUUUAACGUCGUUAAGAAAAACAAUACAACUAAUAAAAAACUAAUCCUUAUUGUCACUGAUAUAAGUCCAAGGUUUCUUGAUUCUGUUAACGCAUUAAAUGUCAUCAAAUGUUAACGCAUUAAAUGAAAAAUUCAAAUAUGGCGUCCAUGUUCCUCGGAAUAUUUUCUCUGACUUUUUCCUCAGAGCAUUUCUCAGUGAAGUCCCUUCUUACUAAACAGUCGGUAUUUGUUCGUUUGUACGAGCGUGCUCGAGUAAUUUUUGAGAUCAUUUGAGUAUCUUUGGCAUUGUUUUUGACAUUGCCCUUGGCAUUGCUUUGAGUUUGUUUAGCGUUGUUUUGAGUAAUUUUGGCAUUGCUAUGGCAUUUCUUUGGUUGGUGGAACGACCCGUUUUGAAGCUGACGCUCGAUAUCUUUUAGUAUGGGUCUACCGCGAAUAGCGUGUGCGUUUGUAAGUACUUUAAGCGUUCCAGAAGGGAAACAAUUAUUCAUGAUUUUCAAUCAAGCUUCGCACCACCAGAAGCAGAGAGCAAAGAGACCUAGGAAGAGCAAACCAAUUCCCAAGUUUUCUCGUCAGCCGCCUCGUUUUCACGGUUGCUUCGCUUUCAUACUUGCAAAGGAAUACCGUAGACCCUCGAGCAAUGCAGGCUUACACACUUUCGACGUUGUCGAAAGAUGGAUAUAGAAAGGACACUGACACCUAGACUCGGCCUACCUGCGUUGCCCGAGUAAUAAGACUGAAGGAUUCUUAGGAAUUUUAAAUAGAAUUAUCAUUCAGCUAAAACAGAAAAAAAAAACAAACAAGCAAAUAGAGGUAGCUUGAUCUCCAAAAGGAGCGAGAACGAGGCGAAAAGAUCGCGUAACAUUUCAUUGUCUUACAGGAGCCUAUAACUACGAAGUGCUGCCGCUUAUGAGAGCCUCGUAAUAACUUGGUGGGCUAAUGCACGGAGGAACUUUUAUCAUAUAUAAAUGACUAUUUUUACUUUUUUUGGAAUGACUGACGGGGUUAACAGAAUACUGGUGUCGGUUUUCUCUGACAGCCCGGAGAAAUGAUAUUACCAAAGCCACUGAAUCCGGAACUUUCGGUUUUGAAAGGUAUUGAACCAUACUCGUUACGAGAUUAUGCAUGGUAACAGCAUUUCUCCCCUUUCCCUUCAACUUACCUUACCGAUUCCCUUUCCCCUUCCCCUGUCCCUUUCCCACCAUCCAUCACCCCUUUGGGGGUUUCCAUGGUAAAGGAUCUGGAGAGAAUUUGAAAAUCAGCCAACCACAUCUAAUUCAUCUAAUUAUUUCCUCACAUCGAACACUAGCCAUUGAAAUUGUGAAAGGAUAAUGGCUUCUAAGGAACUUUCAUGUCUUCUUUUCGUCUGUUUCUUUGCCUUGGGAGGUGCUACCUACUGUAACUACGACAGUGAUUGUUUCAUUGGUAAGAACUGUUUAUAACAUAGCGCGCGUGCUUGCCCUAUAUAAGUCCUAUCGAACCGCUAUGAACAAAAUCUUUAUUUACGCACGGGCGUGCGUAAAUAAGAUGACGUGAGCAUUUUGUUGCAAGUUUUCUCCGAUUGCACCAUGCACGGCAGCGUAAACAUUAUUUUGAACAAUUAAAACUCUUGAUAACUUCGGGUCUUUGACUUUCAAAACAUUUUUCAGUGACACUUGAGUUCAUUUAGCUUUUUGAUUUUAGCAUUUUCCCCUUAAAUUUUGAGCUUUUCAUUCACAGUUAUCGGUUAACUGGAUCAAAUGUUCUCGCUCAAACCAUAGUAUAAAAUGUGGCAUAUUUUUGACCAGCCAAUAGGGACGUUUUUUUCCUUUUUUUGUGCGUUGUGAGAAUUUUGCACACUAUCCGGCACAAUAAAAGGUUUAAGUUAGGGAAUAGGUUCUCUCAUCUUAAAUUAACUUACACUAAUCUUAGCCGGCAGGAUCUGCACGCUGUACAUUUGCAAAUGUGAUCAUCUAUUUCGCCUUUGAGGUUCAAAGAAAAACAAAAGCUAGAGACAGAUUUCUUCUGGAGACAGAUGAGUCUGGUUAUUUGCACUAAUUUUCCAUAAUGAAUAUUGUAUUCUUAGAAAUAUAGUUACACUUAAUCAUGCAUUUGUCGCGAAAGCUUUUCUACGAUGAAACCUGAUGAAGGAGACAUUAAUCAACUAAAACAAGCCGGUUAAAUCCCGAUUUUGUCCUGCCAUAUUCAGUCUAAAAGGGCCUUGUAUUUGGCGGACAUCUUCAUCAUAUUGAUAGAUGCAGACACUAUUCGAAAUUAAAAUUCAAGUUGGGCCAACCGCAUCUAAUUCAUCUAAUUAUUUCCUCACAUCGAACACACGCAAUUGAAAUUGUGAGAAGACAAUGGCUUCUAAGGAACUUUUAUGUCUUCUUUUCGUCUGUUUCUUUGCCUUGGGAGGUACUACCUACUGUAACUACGACAGUGAUUGUUCCAUUGAUAAGAAAUGUUGUGCCUAUAAUGUUUGCAGACGGCAAUGUUCUACCUGUUCGUAUGACUACCAAUGUGGAUCGAACAAACAAUGUUGUAAUAGCAUAUGUAUCAGUAGUUUCUCUUCUUGUUCCUGUUCGUACGACAACCAAUGUGGAUGGGGCAAGAAAUGCUGUAAUAAAAAAUGCAUUAGUAGUUCGUCUUCUUGUUCCUGUUCAUACGACCACCAAUGUGACAGUGGCGAGCAGUGUUGUAAUAGCAAAUGCAUCAGUAAAUCGUCUUCUUGUUCCUGCAGGUACGAUUACGAAUGUGACAUUGGAGAGGAUUGUUGUGAGGGAGUUUGUUCCUCAUACUGUGGUUGGAGUGGUGGAGCUAUUGCAGGCGCUAUUAUCGGCACGAUUAUCUUCUUGGCCAUCAUCAUUUCCAUCGUAUCCUGCUGCUGCUGUGCUUGUUGUCCGUACUACCGCUAUCGUACACCCGGUACUGUGGUCGUCACCGGCCAACCGCAACAACAAAUGGUCUCAACCCACAUGAUGACGACGCAACAAGUACAUGCUCCUCCGCCGUUGAACUACAUCCCGCCUUCUCCAGAUGGAUACGACCAGCCUCCUCCA